AUGGAUGAGUUACAAAACAGGUUGGCCAGCUUCAUUCGAGUAGAAGAGGGGAGAGCUCAUCAACGUGGGAGGGAAGAAGUGGAGCCAGUGCACCGUCCGGCUCGAGAGAGAAUUCGUCCACCGUCCGGUAGAAGUGACAGAAGAGGAGGUUACGGAAACAAAGAUCAUACUCGAGUGCAGCAGUAUGUUCACCAUACCCCUUUAAAUGCGCCACGCGCAAGGGUUCUGGAGGAGGCAUUGAGAGCCAAUCUGUUAGCAGUGGUACAGAUACCAACACCGAAGGGAGCUGAUGAAAACAAAUAUUGCCGAUAUCAUCAGAAUCGCAGACAUACAACGGAAGAUUGCAAUACAUUGAAGGAUAAAUUGGAGUCUUUGGUUCAAGCAGGGCAUCUUCAAAAAUUCGUUCACAGGGGAAGAGCGUCAAGCAGGGUUGGACGGCCCCCCACACCACACGAAUCCCAAAAAAGGACUCGGCAGAGAGCCGAUCGAAGCAGAAGUAGAAGCAGAAGUGUAGACCGAGCGGUUAGGGGAGUAAUCAAUACAAUAUCGGGGGGACUUGGAACAAGACAACCCGAUGGUAAUAACAGCGAUGAUAGCCAGAUACAGGGAUUUGCGGGAGAAAGAGUAGAUACAAAGGGGUAUGUUGAUCUGAGGACCAGCUUGGGAGCCGAUAAGGACGCUAAAGAGAUGAAGGUUCGGUUUCUGUUAGUGGAAGCCGACACGUCUUACAAUGUCCUCUUGGGAAGACCGUGCUUAAACAUGUUCGGGGCUAUUGUCUCGACUCCACAUUUAACUUUGAAAUAUCCCACUGAUGACGGAAAGGUGGCAACCGUUCGGGCGGAUCAGAAGAUGGCGCGCGAAUGUUACGCGGUAGGGUUGAAGGUCAAGCCCAGAAUUGCUAACUUCUCAAGCAACCGAUCAGAAGUCGCUAUGAUGGAGUUAGACCCUCGAACGCAGUUUGACGAUCGGGUGGAACCCUUGGGAGAUACGCGUCCUGUUGUUAUUGGACAGCAAGAAGAUCAGUGUACCACAAUAGGGCGUAAUCUUACCACCGAUCAUGUGACGUUGAUAGAAGAAUUGUUGCUGAAAAACAGGGACCUGUUUGCAUGGCAAGCAGCUGAUAUGCCAGGUAUUCACCCUGACAUAAUAUCUCAUAAAUUGUCACUAUUCAAGGAUGCCCGACCAGUUGCCCAGAGAAAGCGGAGGUUAGGCAACGAAAAAAGAAGAGCAGUAGAGGAAGAGGUAACGAAGUUAUUGGAAGCCGAUUUCAUACGAGAAGUAAAAUAUACCACAUGGCUGUCUAAUGUGGUAAUGGUGAAAAAACUGAACGGCAAGUGGAGAAUGUGUACAGAUUUUAUUGACCUCAAUAAAGCAUGCCUGAAAGACACGUAUCCCCUUCCAAGCAUCGACGACUUGGUGGACGGAGUCUCCGGAUAUGAAAUCUUAAGUUUUUUAGAUGCUUAUUCGGGAUAUAAUCAAAUCCCCAUGUAUCAGCCCGAUCGGGACAAAACGGCCUUCAUAACGGAACGUUCCAAUUACUGUUAUGAGGUUAUGUCGUUCGGUCUAAAGAACGCAGGAGCAACGUAUCAACGACUUAUGGAUAAGGUCUUUCAGCAUCAGAUAGGAAGGUGCAUGGAGGUAUACGUAGAUGACAUGGUAGUGAGGAGCCGAUCGGUGGAGGAGCACUUGCGGGAUUUAGCUGAAGUCCUGGAUCAGGUGCGGAAGUUCGGGAUGAGGUUAAACCCUCUCAAGUGUACAUUUGGAGUAUCUGCAGGAAAAUUUUUAGGUUUCAUGCUUACUUCACGAGGCAUCGAGGCCAAUCCGGAUAAGUGUCGGGCUAUUUUGGACAUGAGAAGCCCAAGUAGUUUGAAGGAAGUACAACGGUUGGUCGAGAGACUUACAUCGCUAUCCAGAUUCAUACCCAAGUUAGCUGACCGAAUUCAACCAAUCUUAAAGCUAAUGAAGAAACAGAAACAAGUAGAGUGGAACGAUCGGUGUGAGGCGGCGUUUGACAAAGUAAAGCAAAUUCUCUCUAACCCUCCGGUUAUGAGACGCCCAGAUUAUGGUUGCGAUUUGCAUCUAUUCUUGGCUGUCGGUGAAGAAGCGGUCAGCGCAGCAUUAGUUCAAGAGGUUCCUGAGUUUCAUCCAAUUUAUUUCAUCAGUCGUGUACUGAAAGAACCCGAAACCAGAUAUCAGCAACUGGAGAAGAUAGUCCUAGCACUUGUGAUCGCCACCCGAAGGCUCCGCCCCUACCUACAGGGAAACCAGGUAAUUGUUCGAACGGAUUAUCCUAUUUCAAAAAUUCUGCGUAAACCUGACCUGGCAGGCAGGAUGAUCGGUUGGUCUAUUGAACUCUCUAAGUUCGGUUUGAGGUACGAACCAAGAGGGUCAAUUAAAGGCCAGCAUUUAGCUGAUUUUGUAGCCGAGUUACCAGGACGGCCGUCACAUUGUUGCUCAUGGGUGUUAUACGUGGAUGGAUCGUCUGGUCAUAAAGGAGGUGGAGCGGGUGUUGUAUUAGAAGGACCGAACGGUAUCGUUAUCGAGCAAGCCCUGAUCUUCCGGUUUAAAGCCAGCAAUAACCAGGCCGAGUAUGAGGCCUUAAUAGCUGGCCUCGAGUUAGCACGAGAUUUGGGGGUUAAAGUGCUGUGUUGCAAAACGGAUUCCCAGCUGGUAGCAGGUCACAUGAACGGAACCUUCCAAAUUAAAGAUGACCAACUGCUCAAAUAUUUCCAUAGGGCCAAGCAACUAUUCGCACAUUUUGACAGCAUCGAGGUGAAUCAUAUUCCUAGGAGUGAAAAUCAGAGAGCCGAUCGUCUAUCGAAGCUGUCGACUGGUAAGGAGAAAGGUCAACUGUCUUCGUUGGUCUGGCAAAUAGUUUUCAAGCCAGCAGUUGAAUGCUUACAAGUCUAUUCUAUCGCCGAACGGGACGACUGGAGAAGAGAGAUUGUAAUGCUAAUCCAGCAGCAAGAGGCGGGAAUAGCUCUCCGAUCGGAGGAAUCAAAACAGGUUGCAAGGUAUGUCAUUGUGGGAGAGGAGCUGUACCGAAGAGGAUAUGUCACUCCAAUGUUGAAGUGUUUGUCCAAAGACGAAUCCGAAUAUGUUAUGCGAGAACUGCAUGAAGGAAAAUGUGGUAGACAUGGCGGCGGGCGGUCGUUAAGGGCCCGGGCUUUAAGGGCAGGUUUUUAUUGGCCGACAAUGGAGAAGGAUUGUCAGGCCUUUGUCGUCAAAUGUUUGGCCUGUCAAAAGCAUGAGAACAUUAUUCACACACCAGCGGCGGCGCUAUCGGCCAUAGUGUCACCAUGGCCCUUUGCUCAAUGGGGAAUGGACAUAGUGGGGCCAUUCCCGACCGGUCGUUCCCAAUUCAAAUUUCUCUUAGUCGCAAUUGACUAUUUUACUAAGUGGGUGGAAGCUGAGCCUUUGGCUAGGAUAUCAGCUUCUCAGGUGCAAAAGUUUGUGUGGCGAUUAAUCUGCAGGUUCGGUUUGCCAAAGUACAUUAUCACUGAUAACGAUCGGCAAUUCAUCGACAAAAAGCUGGUAACGUUUUAUAAGGAGUUGGGAAUCACACCUUUAACCAGCUCAGUAGAGCAUCCGCAGACGAACGGUCAAGCAGAAGCUAUGAAUAAGAUCAUCAUUCAAGAACUAAAGAAAAAGCUAGGGGAUGCCAAAGGAGCAUGGGCAGAUGAGUUACAACAGGUACUUUGGGGAUACUGA